GUGCAUGUUUAAAUACCCACGCAAGAGACAGAGGGCCUGCAAAUCAGCCCCGUCCCCGGCCGUGUGGGACAGUCCAUCUGAACCAUUAAGGCCAAGGCUCGUUGGUCUGGAGUUUCGCUUUGGAGGUACUAACGAGAUCGCCGACUCGCCCGCCUGCCCCAGCCUGCCAAGCAGAGAGCUGCCUUCUGAGCGGGCCGCUGGAGGUGAUGGACUAUACCUAUGAUGAGGACCUGGAUGAGCUGUGUCCUGUCUGCGGGGACAAGGUCUCCGGAUACCACUACGGGCUGCUCACCUGUGAAAGCUGCAAGGGCUUUUUCAAGCGGACCGUGCAGAAUAACAAGCACUACACCUGCACCGAAAGCCAGAACUGCAAAAUCGACAAAACCCAGAGGAAGAGAUGUCCCUACUGUCGCUUUCAGAAGUGCUUGACGGUGGGAAUGAGACUAGAAGCUGUGCGUGCGGACCGGAUGCGAGGAGGAAGAAAUAAAUUCGGCCCCAUGUACAAGCGAGAUCGUGCCUUAAAACAGCAGAAGAAAGCUCUGAUACGCGCCAAUGGCUUUAAGCUGGAGACUGUGCCUCAGAUCGUGUCCCCAGUGCAAACUGACUACAACCUGUCCUCCACCAUCCAUGGCAUCCAUUCGGUGUCCAAGAGCCUGCCUCCCAACCCGGCCACUAUGACGCCAGUCGACUACGACAGAAGUCCAUAUGGGACGCCAUCCUUGGGAAUGACUGUGCCAAGCCACGGGGCACUGUCCAGCUACCAUUACCCAUCCUUUCCCAACCGCACCAUCAAGUCAGAGUACCCUGACCACUACACAAAUUCCCAUGAGUCCAUGGCCAGCUACAUGUAUCCAGAUGCCUAUCCCAACAGCGCCCCACCCGACAUCCCAGAGGUCAUUCUCAAGCUGCUGCAGCUGGAGCCUGAUGAGCCCCAGGUCAAGGCGCGGAUACUGGCUUGUCUGCAACAGGAGCAGGGCAAAGGCCGGCAUGAGAAACUCAGCACCUUUGGCCUCAUGUGCAAGAUGGCAGACCAGACCCUCUUCUCCAUUGUGGAGUGGGCACGGAGCUGCAUCUUCUUUAAGGAGCUGGAGGUAGGCGAUCAGAUGAAACUGCUGCAGAACUGCUGGAGCGAGCUGCUGGUAUUUGACCAUAUCUACAGGCAGGUGCAACAUGGGAAGGAGCACAGUAUGCUGCUUGUGACAGGCCAGGAGGUGGAGAUGGCGACAAUCGCGGCUCAAGCGGGAUCCAACCUGAAUAACCUGGUCUUGAGGGCACAAGAACUGGUCCUACACUUGCAUGCGCUCCAGGUGGAUAGACAAGAGUUUGUGUGUUUGAAGUUCCUGAUACUCUUCAGUCUCGAUGUGAAAUAUUUGGAAAACCACAGCCUGUCGAAGGAUGCUCAGGAGAAAGCCAACGCAGCUCUGCUGGAGUACACCAUCUGCCACUACCCUCACUCCGCAGACAAGUUCCGUCAGCUCCUUCUGCGGCUGGCUGAGAUCCGCUCCCUCAGCAUGCAGGCCGAGGAGUACCUCUACCACAAGCACCUGAGCGGGGAGGUGCCUUGCAACAACCUGCUCAUUGAAAUGCUGCAUGCCAAGCGGACUUGAGUGUGGCUCGUCCCGACAAGAGACUCGCAACGGAGCUCCUCAGAGACAUUCCCUGCUGGGAGCAUGCAGGAGAGGCAGAAGGAAGCUGGGGGGGCGGGCCUAGCAGCACUGCCUGUCCAUCGCCGCCUCGCCCGGUGAUUAUAUUUAACCAGUACUAUUGGAAAGUUUCAGAUGAUUUAUUUUAAUAUACAGUAACUAUGGUUUAACAGCUCUAAGACGAAUAUGUUCCACUCUGUGCGGACUGCCCUUCUGGGACCAUUGCCUGUCCUACAUUUGGCUUUCCCUGACUACAUAGCAUCGAUUUGGCUUAACACAAAUUCCAGGGUGUGGAGGAUUAAAUCUUAGAAAUGGCUUUUCUCUUAUUUAUGUUCAUUUUGACUGAUUUUUCCUCAGCAGCUGUCUGCCCUAACCCUGCCCCCUCACCUUCUGCCCACAAACAUAUCUCAGGACCCCACUUGCAAAGGGGGGAGAGAGAGGUAAAAAGAUACCUUGCUGGUUUUAGCCUUCCGACAGCCCAGGGCUUCUCCAAAUGAUGCUCUGUGGUUGUCGCCACCUCCCUGGGGGUGAAACACUUUGUGGAGCAAGCAAUGGGCCUGCAGGGGUUGAGCAGGGAGACUGCCUUGUGGAAUAGUUUGCAGAACGGAGAUGCUAGAGCCCCCUGGAAUGGACAUAGACUGGGACAGGGUACUGGGGAAAAUGCAACCACCUACAUGUACCUGGAUCCAGCCAUUAAAUCCAGGGAAGAGAAAUGAUCAUAUCACCAUCCUGCUCCUGCCCUGUGUCCCAGGCGGGCCUGGGAUUUUGAGCCCCAGAGCUCAGGAAAGCCAUUUUGGGUCAGGAGAUAGUGCUUGAGAUAGGGUCACCGUGUCACCACAGCCAGUGCACAGCUGCAGCAAUAGGCCGGCUGACCAGCGUCAGGGGCCUUAGCAGACUUUUGGUCACAUUCUGACUGGGGAAUCGCCUUGUUCUCUGAGGUCAAUAUUAUAGCACAGCCCCAUAGUAUCCAAGUGCUGAGAAAUCGCAGCUCCUCUGUUCAGUCAUUCAUCUCUGCAUCUCCUAGCCUGUGUCCUGCACCCCCCUGGGCUGGAAGCUGCUUGCGGGCUGGCCAGGCAAGUGUGCCCCUAGGACGGGCUGAUGGACUCCUGCAGUUACAUGAAUCAGGAGACUGUUACAGGAAGGAACAGGGAACUGGACAGUGGAGAGCCAUCCUUUUCCCCACGAGCUGCCCCAUUCCCCGUGGGGUGAAGAGCAGGUGCAGACUCGGACUGAGGGAUGCAGGCGCAGUGGAACGUACCAUUCCUCGUUCCAAGCAGGGUGGAGAGCAGGGUUGCUGGGACAAAUUCCUCCCUGGUGUAACUGCACCGGGCUGUUGCUGAGCUGAAUGUGGCCGGUUGUGUGUGCAGGGGUGGGCGGCAAAGGCUCCCUUUCUGAAUAAGCAGCUUCCUGACUGGCUACAGUGCUGUUUAUUCAAGUUUUGUGGCUGGCUAACAGGGAGGGCCAGCACUCACCCCACCCCCAGUCCGGCACAGCAGCGAUUACAAGUUCUGCCUCAUCCUGCUAAUGAGUGUCCAGGGGGCUGCCUGCAGCGGGUGGGCAGCAGGGCACCAGGGACGGGGGGGUGUCAUCCUGGAGUUUCAAACUGUGCUUUAUGGCUUCAGUGCUCAGCCCUUAGCCUCAGGUUGGCCCCUGCACACUGACCUGCAACACCCAGGCAUGCCAGGGACGAUCCAGAGCGGCUCCAUUCCAACUGCUUCAGUGACCCCGGUCACACCAUGGAGCAGAGUCUGGCCCUGAUGCUGACAUUUCAGCAGGGACGCUCGCAACUCCAUUGAGCUCUGGCCCCAGCUCUUAGCUCAGCCUCCAUCUCCGGGAAGGUUUUCUCCCGCCUCCAGUCCCAUCUCACUCUCUUUGGAAGGUUUCCAGCUGCAGCUUCCCUUGCUUUUCUGCACCACAACAUUCCCCGUUCCCACUCAGGUGCUUUCUUGGCCACCAGCUGUGUUCUUGUAAUCUAGGGACCAGAGCAACUGGGGUGCAGCUCCCCCAGUCGGAGAGUCAAUCAAGAAGCACAGUCUCCUGAACCCACCUAUUGGAUUUCUCCACAUAAUGCCUGGUAUGUGUGCAGUGGCAGAAUUAGCAGGAAUGAACAGGGCUGAGAUGCGCCACAGGAAAUAGACUAGGGGUAAGAGGUAACCAUCAAAGGACCUUUUUUUCUCACCAUAUCUAAUGACAACUCUGACUGUGACAUCUCACCAGCUGCUCCGUGUGUGCUCUAGGGAAUGCUUCCCAUGGGCUGGAUCCGGGGGAACCUUUGGCAGUAGCCUAGCACCAAAUACAAUCAAUCACCUGAGCACUAUCUUAGUGGAGUCAAAGUCCCUUUUGACCAUUUUCUCUGUUUAUUCUACUCAGGGUCCUGUACACUGUGCCCAGCUGCACCAUACUGUACCCUUUCCACUCUGCCUCUCCUGGCUCACUCAUGUUGUAUUUUCCUCCACGUUUUUAUUUAGUGUCCCCUCCAUUUUUGGACACUGAAGUCAAAGCGAAGCACUUGACCCUGCUGGAGGACUAUAGGACCAGGUGGCACAAAGUCCCGGCCCAGGGGUUCUGCAGCUGGGUAAUGAACUGGCCACAGCCCUUCUGAGCCUCAUGCUAUUCAAGCCAGUGCAGGAUACAGAGCCUCCAGAGAGAAUAUGAGAAGAAAGGGAUUUCUUUCUGCUCUCUGGGUCUUCUGUGUGUGCAUCUGAAUUAGCGGCCAUAGUACAAAUGUGUCGGCCAUGUGCAUAAAGGCUGCCCUGGGUUCCUGAGCUGGUUAGUAGGGUUUCUACUCCACUCCCCAUUUGCCUGCUUCCUCUGGCUGGGAGUAAUUAGACCAUAACCUACAGCCCAAUGGUGAGACGUCCGAGCAUCACCCUGGCCACCCAGCAGUGUAUUGCUUCAAGCCCUGGUUAGCAGCGUCUGUCCAUUGGCAGCAUGUUCAUGUGUGUCAGUUAAUAGAGCUUUCCCACCCAGGGAGGUGAGAACAGCUGAAGAUACAAGAGCGCCCCUUUGACCGUGGAUGCAUCCCCCUCCCGCUUUAGUUAGCAGGGCAAGGUAAAACCAGAAGGUGCUUGAUUCUGGCUGCCACGUUGGUUUACUUCAGCUCAACUGUCCUUUACUAUUCCCCGAGCACGGGACCUUUCCCAGGCUCCAGCACAGGCCAGGCUUAAACGACAUUGCUGUGUGCUCCCUGUUCUGAAGCUCCCUGUCAACACAGGUCAUAUUCUUGGUGAAUAAUGGCCCUUUGUAAGGGGUGGGGUCCGAUAUAUUUUCCAUUCCAGGUGCUUGUUUAGAGUGGACUUUUGUACCCAGAGAAACGCGGUUUCUCCUGAAGUUUGGCGCUUUGCAGGCCUUGUGCACGGCUGCCGCCUACCUUCUUGGCAGAGUUUUGUGACUAUAAGCAGCUCAUUUUCUGGAAGCUUAUUAGAUGCAGAUGAGCAUGUUUGUUUCUGCAUUUCGACAUGUUCAUGCAUUUGCCUCUCCACGGCCGUGGUUCAGUUUCACUUUGUAUUUCGUGGAUUUAAGGAGCUGGGGAAUACGGUUUGGGAUUUAAAAUAUGUUUUAUUUUCAGAAAAUGCAAAGUGUCCUUAAGUGUCUCUCUCCCCUCUGCCCUCUCCAUUCCCUCUCUGGCAGGAGGUUGUUAGCAAUGUUCUUGUCAGGAUCAAACCACUGUAAUAAA